AUGAGCACCCCAGCCCAAGAGUCCGACGGAGGAGACAUGCUCGAGAAACUCCACCUCCUCACACCCGAGCUGCUGAAUUCCAUCACGGCGUACUCUGCGGCGACGUCCUCGAAAACACCGGCGCACGGAGACGACGCCGACCGCGUGGAAACCGAGCGCCGGGAGCGGAUCGUGGAGGCGGCGCAGGCCAUCGUGGACGCAGCGAGGCCUCCGCAGCCCGAGUGGAUGAACCAGUCGACGGCGGGAGCCGAGUUCGUCGCCCUCCGGCUGUUUAUCGAAUGGGGCGCUUUUGAAGUCAUCCCCGUCGAGGGGAGCAUCUCGUAUGAGGAUCUGGCGCACGAGAUGGACGCCGAGGUGCAGCUUCUCACUGGGGGGGCGGGGGCGGGCGUGAAAGAGUUGAGGGAAAAGACUGAUGGGGAGAGCGAAACGAACACAGCUCGGCUGGCGUGGUUGAUGGUCUCGAGCGGCUUGCUGGAACAGGUGGGAGAGGACCGAGUGAGACAUACGCCCAAGUCGAGACAGCUUACCGAGAGCGUCCCGCUCAGGAGCAUGUGGCAGCUCAUGUUCGACAACUCCUUCACAUCAUCGGCCUCCCUCCCGCGCUACUUCCGCACCUACGGCCGCAGGGAGCCCAAGGGCCUCACCCACAUCCCCUUCACCUUCGCGCACGGCGCCCCGGAGAAGAAGUUCUGGGACGUCCUCAACGCCGAGCCGGGCCGGAUGCAGGUGUUCAUGCACGCCAUGACGGCCAUCGACAAGCAGGUGCCCCUCAUGGGUCCCAUCACGGGGCUGUACGACUUUGGCUGGGUCGCCGACGUGGUGGCGGACGAGAAGAAGAAGAGUAGUUCUUCGGACCACAACCGGCCGCUGCUCGUCGACGUGGGCGGGGGCAAGGGACACUGCAUCAAGGCGUUCUGCGCGGGCGAGGACUCGCCUCUCUCGCAGGACCGGUGCGUCUUGCAGGACGUGGCGCCGGUGAUUGAGGUUGUGCGGAGCGAUGAGGCUUCUGGGCUGGCGGGGGUGACGCUUAUGGCGAUUGAUUUUCACGUUGAGCAGCCCGUCAAAGGCGCCUUGAUCUACUACAUCAGACACUGCCUGCACAACUACGACGACGACACGGUGGUGGGCAUCAUGAAGCGCACCGCCGAGGCCAUGGCGGACGACAGCAGGCUUCUGGUGGCCGAGUAUGUCAUGUCCAACCCCCCCAGCCGGUUUUCCAUCUGGAUGGACUUUAUCAUGAUGAUGUCGGGCGGCAAAGAGAGGACGGCAGCACUAUGGGAGGAGGUGGGCUCUCGGGCCGGCUUACGGCUGGUGGCUUUCCAUGGCAUUGAGGUGUCUUUGGAUGGGCAUGCAGUCAUCGAAUUUGCCAAGCGGUGA